AUGAUUUUUUUCAAACCCAAAGAAGUUGCAGUUGUUGCCUGCACGCUGCUCCUUGCUGUCGGCUUCACCUUCCGCCCAGCGAGCGCCUUCUCAGCAGCAGUCCGCCCGACGGCGCUCCGCUCUGCGAGGCACCCGGCGGCUUUCUUCUCCGCGCACUCCUCCCGUCCUGCCGCCGCCCGGCAAUGCAGGCGCCGCACGGUAGCAGAAUGCCGUGAUGUUCUGCCCGUGAACAACAUGGUCAUCUCAGCAGCAGCAGCAGCAGGCGGCCGGAAUGAUGGUUCAGCUGAGGAAGACAAUAAGGCUGUUGUUGCUCCAGGCAGGGCGAAGAAGAAGGUGAUUAAGUCCGUCGGGGUCGCCCUGGCCUGGUACCUUGCGUCCUCCGCCGUCGCCGUCGCCGCCACCGCCGCCACCGGUGGCGCCGUGAGACCCCGGCCGCGGCCUAGGAUGAGGUACACCGGCCUGCCUAUCCUGCUGAUGGCCUACGCGUUGAGCAGGGGGGACUUGAAGGAGAGGACCAGACUCGAAGGCGUUGUGCCCCGGGACCCGGAGUCUAUCAAGCUGCUGGCGGACGAUGCCGAGGACCUGGCCAUGUCCUGGGGGAAGCCGGCUGGCCUGAUGGCCUACACCUCCGUGGACUUUAUUGUGUUCUCCUUCUUCUCCAGGUGGGUGGGGUUCCCCUUCAAGGAGCUCUUCUCUGCUCAGAGGAUAGCGCAUCUCCAGACCCCGGAUUUCUGGGUGGCGACUACCCUGGCGGGCGCUUUCGGCUUCGCUAUCGUCACAUGGACCAGGAGAGUGGGGCAGGGCUACCUUCGCAGCGUGUGCGGUUCGGCCUUGUCGCCGGCGAUGCACAGGCUGGUCGUCAGGCCCGCCAGGGCGGUGGCCUCGGUAGCCGGCAUGGGGGACGGCUGGGACCUCGGGCUCACCGACGAACAGCGCAAGGCUAGGCGGCCGUCGAUCGAGCUCCGGAGGAGCCUGUCCACCUUCAAGGACCCGGACUUUCACGGCGACGGCGGCAUCGGCGACUCCGGCGGGGCUGCUUUCCCGCAGGCGCCUCCGCCGGCGGCGGCCGCUGGUGUGGAUGAUGGAGCCCCCCCGGACCUGAAGCGGAGCUCGUGAAAUGGAGGCUUUGGGUGCGGUAUACGCCGCCGGGUGGUGUGGGACGGGGCAAAUGGUAGCGGCAACCGCCAGCAGCAAAACCGGCACCAGCGCCAGCGCCAGCUGCAGCUGCAGGGACAUCAGUAGAGGUCGGCCUGUAGCGGACUUGGGCUUUCGGCAAAGGUGGGGUACUACCGGGUGGUGUUGGCGGUGGCAGGACCUCCGGCAAUAUGGUAGCGGCAACCGCCGGCAAUAGCACCAGCAGAAGGACAUCAGUAGAGGCCGGCCUGUAGCGGACUUUGCCCGGAAAAUGUGCACGUGUUUGCCCCUACAGGCCCCUUUAUGCUUCGCGCAAAUGACAGCAGCAGCAGCAGCAGCAGUAGCAGCGGGUAGUCUUUCCCAGCCGUACAGGGGGCUCCGCGGAAUGCUGGCAACAAGCUAAAG